AUGGAUCUCGACAUCCCCAACCUCGCCAAACUCCACUUCAUCACUGAACAAACCGCCCGUCAUGCGCGCCUCCAGCAGGGCCAAGAGCCAGCACCAUGGCCCUAUCCCGAUUUCGAAGCCGAAUGGCAGCCUCUAAACCAGACCAUGCGCGGCUGGUACCUUCGACGAGUGGAGCAGCUAGCGGCGACGGAUUUGCAGCCAAGACCGGACUUCGACUACGAGGGGAUUUUAAAACUAGUGUAUGCCAAGUGUUAUGCCGACAUGGAGGAAGGGACUGCGCGGGAGAUUUCGUCCGUUGGGCUGUCCGACUUCCGGUCUCAUCUUUGCGGAUUGAGCGGUGCCGAAUGGGCCGCGUUAUACAAUUUCCCCUUCGUUGAAGAAGAAGAAGUUGAUGAUGAUGCUGAAGAUGAGGGUGACAUGCCCGAUGUCGAAGAAGAGCCGCUGGACUAUGAUCCGCGCGGGGAAGAGGAUCCGCAGCUCUCCCGGUUGGAGAAGAGCGUUGAGGCCGGCAUGGCCACGCUGGAGCGGCUGCGCAAAGAAAUAGAGAGAUUGGAGGUUAGUAUGGACGACACCAACUGGAUCUCGGAGAUUGCUCAAAUCGAGCCGCUUUCCGAACGGGGACAGGUGGUGAUUGCGCUUGUAGAAGGCACUGGGGUCGGCAAGUCGUCGCUCAUCAAUGCCCUGAUCGAUGAGGAGAAGAUGUUGCCCACUGACUGCAUGCGCGCAUCCACGGCUGUGCCAACGGAGAUUAGCUAUAACUAUGGAGAGUCUCAGUAUAGAGCGGAGAUCAAGUUUGUGGACCGUCAUGAAUGGGAGAAAGAGCUCCGGGCUCUACUCAUGGACUUGGAUGAAAAAACCACGGGCGAGAUUGGCGAGAACAUUGCAAGUAAGUCAGAAGCUGGAAUUGCUUUGGCCAAGAUCAAAGCUGUCUACCCCUGGUUGGAAACCCGGGAGAUAAUGGCAACUCCAGUUGAGAUUCUUUUGAAUCAUCCAAAUGUGUCAGGCUUGCUCGGAAGUGAGAGAGUUGUGGAAGAGAACAAGCGGCAGACUUUUCACAGAAAAGUCAGAAUCUAUCUCGAUAGCAAGGGCAAGAGCAGGGUCAGCAUUAAGAAAGCCCAGCCGUACAGCAAUAUGAGUCUAUGGCCGCUGAUUCGUGUGGUUCGCAUCUUCGUCAAGGCGCCGGCUUUGGCCACGGGCGCCGUCUCGGUUGAUCUUCCUGGCAUUUUCGACUCCAAUGCAGCCCGGGUGGCAGUCGCUGAACAAUAUAUGAAACGAUGCUCUGCUCACUGGGUGAUCGCCCCUAUUAAACGUGCCGUGGAUGACAAGGUCGCCAAGGAUUUGCUCGGCAAAAACUUCAAGAUGAAGUUGCAUAUGGACAGUGCAUUCAGCAGUAUCACAUUUGUCUGCACCAUGACUGAUGAAAUUUCAAUCACUGAUACUCAGGAUUCGCUCAAGUUGAAUUUGCCAGUGCCAGAGCAACGAGAGGCGAUGCUGGCGCAGCUCCAAAUUGAGUGGAAAGAGCUUUUUGAGAAACGGGAGCAAAUCAUAGAUGACUUGGCUGAUAUCGAUGAGGAGAUAGAUGGGGUGGAAGCCCAGCUGAAUACUGCAGAACACCCACCUAAGGCAUCUAUUUUAAUCCCGGCAAAAAGAAAGAGACAGGACGACCUUAUCGGCCCUGAAACAAGUGCCGAGGUUCCAAUGGACCCUAACAUUGCAGCGAGCCCCUCUGACAUAGAUGAUUCCAAGCCUUCAGUGACUGAUCAUUUGGUGGAAAAGCUCCAAGAUCUAAAAGCUCAACGAAAGGAUCUUGUUGCGCAGAGACGGCCCAUGGGCCAAGAGAUCAAGAUCAAAGAAAAUGAGAUUAAAGAAUUCGAAGCGAAGUCUCACAACAUGAAGGUAGGUAUUCAUCGAACAUGCAUUGAAGCUCGCAAUGGCUUUUCAAAAAAGGAAAUUAAGCGCGACUUCGCGCGCGGAAUCCAAGAGCUCGACGAAGGAUCCAGUGAAGGAUAUGACGAGACCACAGGUCAAGGAAUUGAGGGCAGAAGAACUCAAGAUUAUCAGGAGUUGGAAACAGAUCUCCCUGUCUUCUGCGUAUCGGCACGAGCGUAUCAGAAACUGCGCGGUCGGAUGCGCAAGGAAGCCACUGCAGAGGGGUUUACAAAGUUGGAGGAGACAGAAAUCUUGCAGCUGCAACGCCAUUGCAUAACGUUGACGGAGGAAGCCAGAAAAGAUCUUGCACAGUACUUUCUGGCCCAUCUUCAGCGAUUGCUUCAUUCAAUGUCUCUGUGGUCAUCCUUAACCAAUCCUGCAACUGUUACCAUAUCGGAAAACAGAAAAGGGGAAAUGCAUGCUGACUACGAAAAGACACGCCAGGCUUUUAAUUCUGCAGCAAAAGAGCUGUGGAGUGAAUUUUUGGCAAACUUGGAAGAGAGGUUCUACAAAGACAUUGUGCACAAACUCGACCAUGCUUCAGAGGUGAUAACUGAGGAACUUUCUCGAACUGUUACCGGAUGGCAUGGCCCCAAAAACCAGGGAGGGAUAUAUUGGUCAACCUAUCGUGCUACAUGCAGCCGUGAUGGAGUGUAUCGCACAAUGAAUUGGAAUGAGGAUUUUGCCCACCCUUUGUGGAAAGCAAUCCAUCACGGUUGGAUAAAAACCUUUGAAUAUUUCAUUCGGUGGGAAUUCGAAACUUUGGCCCAAGUACUUCAGGAGGCUCUGGGAAAGUUUCAUUUGGCUGCGAUUCGCUCUGCCAAGCACGAACUCCCCAAUGAUCAUAUGGAGAUGCUGGCUGAGGCGCUUGAUCAACACUGCCAACUUUUGGCAUCUGAACUCAAAGCUAUGAAGAGAAAAUUCAAAGCGGCACAAAAGCAGAUAAGCUUCAUUUUCCCCAACACAAUUCGAGAGGAAAUGGCGCCGACCUAUGAAGCCUGUGCAAGGGAAACUGGAAGAGGCACAUCACAGCGAAUGAAAGACCUCAUGACCCAAAAGGUAGUAGACAACGCAGGCGAAAUCAUUGAAGAAUGUACCAAGCGAGUCAAAAGGGAACUAGAGAGGUUGAAGAAGGACACAGCGAACAACCUCGAUAGGCUUGUCCACAAGACAUUGGCUUCUAUGCAGCACGUCUACUACAUAGCGCUUAUUGAACCUCAGGUCCGUCAGUUCACAGCCAAUCAGAUUGAGGUCCGACGUCAGUUGAAUGGAAUUGUCAGGGAAAUGAUAUCAGACUUGCAGUUGGGUCAGCUUCUCAAGCAGAAAUAG